CCGUUUCUCCUCGCACCCGAGUCCCCGCCCGUUUCCCGCCCAGAUCCGCCUGCCCGCCCGCUCGCCUGCCCGCCCUCCGGCCAGCCCGGUCCCGGCCCUCCCUCCUUCUGCCGCCCGGGCUGGUGAGGAGGCGGCUCCAUGUUUUCUUUCCUGCGAGCGGCGGCGGCGGCCUCAACAGAAAGCGGGGAGAAGGCAGUUUUGUGCUUUCUUGUAGGACCAACUGAAAGAGCGGGCCGGGAUUUAGCAGGCGUGUCCACCCCUCGUAUCUGGCCUUUCUCCAGCAGCAGUGCAACAACACAGCGCAUGCGACCUCUGCUGUCUGUCGGCUCUUUGGGCUGGUGUGCACCAUGGCAUGGUCCAGUUACUUUAUAAGAGGUUUUCUAGGUGGUAACUCCAUGGAGCGCCCAGCCCCCUGCCCCGUGCAGAUCGUCGUGGUGAACAAGGACCAGCACUCCUUCGUGCUGGACGAGAAGGCCUUGACCCGGGUCCUCUUACAAGAGCACGUCAGGGAUCUUGACGCGGUCGUGGUAUCAGUAGCCGGAGCCUUCCGCAAGGGCAAAUCUUUCUUCCUGGACUUCUUGCUUCGCUUCCUGUAUAACCAGAAGGAGCGUGACCAUCCACAGUGGCUGGGUGACGAAGAUGAGCCUCUCACAGGAUUUUCAUGGCGGGGGGGUUCUGACCCUGAAACGACUGGAAUUCAGAUCUGGAGUGAAAUUUUCAUUAUGGAGAAGCCUGAUGGGAAAAAGGUUGCAGUAAUUUUGAUGGAUACUCAAGGAGCUUUUGACAGCCAUUCGACAGUGAAGGACUGUGCAACCAUAUUUGCCCUCAGCACCAUGACCAGCUCCAUUCAGAUUUAUAAUUUGUCCCAGAACAUUCAGGAGGACGACCUACAGCAGCUGCAGUUGUUCACAGAAUAUGGUCGGCUGGCAAUGGAUGAAGUCUCCCAGAAGCCCUUUCAGUCGCUGAUGUUUCUGGUCCGAGACUGGAGCUUUCCUUACGAGUACAGCUACGGACUUGAGGGAGGCAUGGCCUUUCUGGAGAAGCGCUUGCAGAUUAAGGAGAAGCAGCACGAGGAAAUUCAGAAUGUCCGAAAUCACAUUCGCUCAUGUUUCACCAGCGUCAACUGCUUCCUCCUCCCACACCCCGGGCUUCAGGUGGCCACGAGCUCGUCCUUUGACGGAAAACUGAAAGACAUCUCUCCUGAAUUCAAAGAACAGUUACAGACGCUGAUACCAUUUUUGUUAGAACCAAGCAAGUUAAUGGAAAAGGAGAUCAACGGCUCCAAAGUCAACUGUCGGGGCCUGCUGGAGUAUUUUAAGGCCUACAUUAAGAUUUACCAAGGAGAAGGGCUGCCUCACCCCAAGUCAAUGCUUCAGGCCACUGCAGAAGCCAACAACCUAGCCGCGGCGGCGGUUGCCAAGGACAUGUACUACAACAACAUGGAGAAGGUCUGUGGCGGGGAGAAGCCCUACCUGGCGUCGGACGCCCUGCAGCAGAAGCACGACGAGUUCCGGAAGCAGGCCAUAGAACAUUUCAAGAAGAGCAAGAAGAUGGGGGGCAAGGACUUCAGCCUGCGCUACCAAAGCGAGCUGGAGAGGGAGAUCCAGGAGCUGUACGGCCACUUCAUCAAGCACAACAGCAGCAAGAACGUGUUCAGCUCCUUCCGCACGCCGGCCGUGCUCUUCAGCUUCAUCCUGGUGCUCUACCUGAGCUCGGGCCUCUCCAGCUUCCUGGGCCUCGAGAUGAUCACCCAGCUCUGCAACUGCCUGUUGGGGCUGCUCUUCAUCUCCCUGCUGACCUGGGGCUACGUGCGCUACUCGGGCCAGUACCGCGAGCUGGGCGGCGCCAUCGACUCCAGUACGGCCUUCGUCCUCGAGCAGGCUACCUCCUGCAUGAGUAAUUCCACUCCUGAAACCGUCGGGGAAGCGGAGUGCAGGAGACCGCUGGUGGAUAAAAAGUGCCAAUAAAGUGGGGCCCUGGCCCGGGCGGGCCGUGCCCCGCCGCGGCCGCCCCCGGCCUCCAGCAGCAGCCAGAGCUCGCCUGUGAGGGGGACGCCAUCCUGCAAGACUCGAAAUACAAUGCUGUAAUAAAUGGAGCAGACGUUUGCCUGUGGCUUAAACCCACCUCCGGGACUGUCGGGAGCCUUUCUUUCCUUUCCGGUAGAGGUCCAAGCCCUUGUCUUGUUCUCAUAUAUUUCGCUUUUCCUUUUUUUGCACUUUAUAUAGGGGAGGGGGGAGGCUGGAGGCCAAAAGCAAAAGCAGCUUGAAAAGUCCUUUUUGUACCACAGAGUGCCUUUUGGUCUGGACUCGUGCUAGCCAUGGACAUGCUGGGGAGGAAGGAGGAAUGGGCAGGUUGUGUUGCCACAUGUCACCUCUGGCAGGCGUCCCGAGGCGCCGGGCCGAAGACUUCUGUCCAGGAGAGUUGGAAAGCAGGCUCCUCGUGCCCCUGUAGCCUCCUGUGCGCCUCUGCCCUGUGGCCACGGCCAGCUUCCUUGGGGAAGGGGAGACAGGGACCCUGGCCCCGGGUGCCCGUGACCCUUCUGCCUUCCCGGCUCUCACCAUGGCUUCCUUUUAGCCCAGAACGUCGGAGGAAAAGUGGCUGGCGGAGGACAGAGUGCAUGGGCUCGAAUCAAGAAAUAAACUGAGUGACCCCUGACAAGUCACUUGAUCCUGUGCCUUGGUCCAAUUCACUGUGUCUUCUGUACUCGAAAUCUGAGCUUUAGUUUCAGAUUUUUAAUUUUGUCUUAAAAUAGCCUCUUUCUCCCAGAAGCUGCGUCAGAGCAGACAUUUUUGGAGGAUCAGGAAAGUCUUAACCGAGUAGAACUGCCUUCCUUCCGAUGGUGCCUUGGGGGCCAGAGGCUCAGCAGGCGUUAUUCCACUGUCUGGGGGAUCUCACGAGCAGCCGCCACCCUCCCCCCUGCCCUCCCAAUCCCUCCUGGGCGCAUGGAGGAAUGUAACCAAGUGAGAUCCUGGCUCCAGGGGAGAUUCUGGGCCACGGCUGGCAGGCCUAAUCUGGCCAUGAUUUCGAUGGGACUGAUUCUGAUCCAAUCCGCCGGCCGCUUCUCUGCUUCGUUCUGCCAGAUUUUAACCCUUUGUUUUCUCUGAGGUGUCUCUACCCUUGGACCCCUGUCUGUGUGCGAGUUGGAGUUUCCAAAGUGAACGAGUGUUGCAUUUUGGGAAGGUUGGGAAAGCAAGAUAGCAUUUGAUCAUGUGACUUCUAAACGGCCAGUUCAGGCCCCCUGAGUCUGGCCACCGAGGCCUCCUGUCUGGAUUGCCCGAUCGUCCCUCUCAGGGUUUUGUAUCCUCUUGAGUCCAACAAUAAUUCCAAGUGUAUUUUCUUACUAGUCGUUUUUCUUUCUUCCAAAAUCCAACGUGGUGACGCACGGAUGGUGCUUUGUAAAUGGGAGCUGUUAGGCGGUUGGCGUGAAAUGGGGCACUGGUAGGUUUUCAGGAGUCGUGUAGUGGCUUCCAAAGGCACCUCAAGCCUCCGCUCUGAUAAGGAGACUUCGGUGGGCGGCUUUCCCGGGAGCCCCCGUUUGGGGAAGUCGCCCUUCUGUGGUUUGUUAGAGCUGGAGAGCAGCAUUCCCCCUCGAUGUCAUCCAGAAUAGAUGGGUGGGUCCCGGGCCCUUGGCCGGCCCCUGGUUCUGAGGUAGAUGUCAGGUCUUUGGUCGCUUGGUGUUUGGCGCAGCCUUUAUUCAAUGGCUGAGGGGAUGGGGCCUCUGGCUUCCACCUGGUGCUGCCAUUCCUCAUGGAGCCGAGUCUUGUCUUAGCCGGCUUGGGCGUAGCCUGCCCAGUCCAGUCUCGGCCAGGCCCGGGGGCCGCCUCAGUUUACAUUUGAGCCCUUUUGCACCCUCCCAGCUGGACGUGGAGGCUGGCGCUGUGGUUCCCAGGCGGCCGGCCUCCUGUGGGCCUCGUGCUGGUGUCUCGGCACAUUCCCUCGAUAGGUUUUCAAGCACAAAUAGCAAACUUGGGGUCCUGAGAUGUGUCUCUCCUGGAUGCUGACUUCAUCUCUGGUGUAGAGAGGACCCGGAGCCCCCAGAAGGGACUCGCACUCGGGUCCCGAGGACUGGCAGUUGACGGCUCUCUCUCUGUGCCGGGGGCCUGGCAGAGCCCGUUUAUCCGCAGCAAAGUGAGAAGUGGUCGGGCCAACGGGCCGCUGCCUUUGGAGGGCCGCGCGUGGGACCGCGACCGGGCGUCUGCAGAGAGGCCGCCUAGCCGCCGUGGCUUCCCCUCGGACGCCCUCAUUGACACGGGUCCGGAGAGUCAUGUUUGGGCAGAAGCAGCUUGGAUUUUUAAGUGUUUUUUAAAGAAUCUUUGGAUUAAUGUGAUUUAUAGCACAUCUAGGGCUUGGACCUUAGUUCAUUCCUGGCAGAAAAACCGUGGCUUGCUUUAGCCAGAAAAGAGCGCCCUGGUGGUUCUGGGCUGUGGCUGCUCCCUCCGGCCCCGGGCCCCCCACAUUCCACUAGGUCACGCGCACAAUCUCAGUUUCACCAUUUGAAACGGGAACCGUGUGUUUGACCUCCAAGUAACUUAGUACGUAAGACAAUGAUGCAGUCGGGAGCCGAGAGUAGGGUGAGCUGCCCCAGCCUCCCGUCCGGGGACCUGGGGAGCAGGGAACGUGGACCAGCAUGGCCGUCAGUGACCAGGUUUUGUUUGUCCCUACUGGGAUGGAUGUGGCUCCCCACCCUCCUGGGGUGUCCCAGGCUGGCCUGGGAGGGGGUCGUGGCACCUUUUGCCAGGCGGAUUUGGCGGAACCCACUUGGGACGCUGGGUUGGUUUUGUGUUUUUUAAUUAGAAAACGAGCUGGAUCCUUUUAUCCAGUUGCUUAAAUAUGGAAGAUGCCCCUCCAGCUCCAAAGAGAAUCAGUCAGGGACGGGGAGGCCUGCGCCGUGGGGUCCUGGCUGGGGAAGCGGAGCUCCUGCUGGCCCUGGAAAAGCCGCCUCCCCUUUCUCGCCCGUGGGGAUUCCAAGUGCCAAAGCAAAGAAUGGCCUUCGUCUGGUUCCCAAAGAUUCCUGCGCUCACCUGGCCAGCCCCUGGUCCCCGUCAGCGGGCCUCCGCUGUGUCUGUCCCGGGGAGCUCUGGCGGGGUCCGCGGGUGCCUCCCCCAGCCGUUGUUUAGUUUGUGCAAUCCGAUGAGCGUGUACCCAUCCGCCUGUAUGCUGGACUCUUGCCGGAAGCCUGCAUGUCUCUGUAUCACAUUCCCCCAGAGUUGUGAGAUUGUGUAAUGGAAUAAAGACCACAACCUGUUUUCAUCUGCA